AAGCGGCGCUGUCACUAUUAUGGUCCUGUCAGGGCGCCGGCGUCGUGGUGCUUGGGCGGUCGCCACCGAGCGGACUUUGGUGGGGCGCCCUCGGGGGCAGUUGCGGGGAUCCCUGCGCUCGUCUCCGGCCUCGCUCCCAGCCUGCACCUCCCGGCUCGCCCGCCGCACCGUAGGGCGCGCGUGCGGGUCGGCGCCGCGGCCGCCUUGGGGCCUGGGCCCAGCCGCAGCCUCCUCCCCCGCCGCCGGCUCGCAGGGCCCGCGAGAUGCAGCCGCCGGGCCCGCCCCCGGCGUAUUCCCCCACCAACGGGGACUUCACCUUUGUUUCCUCAGCAGACGCGGAAGAUCUCAGUGGUUCCAUAGCAUCCCCAGAUGUCAAAUUAAACCUUGGUGGAGAUUUUAUCAAAGAAUCUACAGCUACUACAUUUCUGAGACAAAGAGGAUAUGGCUGGCUUUUGGAAGUUGAAGAUGAUGAUCCUGAAGAUAACAAGCCACUCUUGGAGGAAUUGGAUAUCGAUCUAAAGGAUAUUUACUACAAAAUUCGAUGUGUUUUGAUGCCACUGCCAUCGCUUGGUUUUAAUAGACAAGUGGUGAGAGACAAUCCUGACUUUUGGGGUCCUCUGGCUGUUGUUCUGUUCUUUUCCAUGAUAUCAUUAUAUGGACAGUUUAGGGUGGUUUCAUGGAUUAUAACCAUUUGGAUAUUUGGUUCACUAACAAUUUUCUUACUGGCCAGAGUUCUUGGUGGAGAAGUUGCAUACGGCCAAGUUCUUGGAGUUAUAGGGUAUUCAUUACUUCCUCUCAUUGUAAUAGCCCCUAUACUUUUGGUGGUUGGAUCAUUUGAAGUGGUGUCUACACUUAUAAAACUGUUUGGUGUGUUUUGGGCUGCCUACAGUGCUGCUUCAUUGUUAGUGGGUGAAGAAUUCAAGACCAAAAAGCCUCUCCUGAUUUAUCCAAUCUUUUUAUUAUACAUUUAUUUUUUGUCCUUAUAUACUGGGGUGUGAUCUAAGUCAUAUAUGAGUAGAAAAAGACGAUGUUAUAUUUGUGUGUAGGCUGGGAAUUCUUGCUGAGGGGAUUGAAGAAAACCUGUUGCUGGUAAAAUUUUACAUGCUCCAGAUGUAAAGGCAGGUUUAAGGUCUUUUUAAAACAAUAUUUUUUGUAUUUAAUUAAGCAAUCGCAGUUAUCUGGAUUUUUUUUUGGUCAGAAUUCUAAAUUCUGUUUGAUUCUUCAUAUUCCAGUGAAUAAAAUAUAAAAGCAUUGUGUUUUUUAAGAUUCUGUCAAUAUUCACCUAAAAACUUGUGCCAAAAGCACCUGGAAUGGUAAUUAUAUUUCACUUGAAGGGUAAAUAUGACAACAUCCUGAUAAUCUAAAAGUGCAAUUUUUUUCUUUAAAGGGUUUUCUCCUGCAUCACAGAUCCUGUAGAUAUAUAUUUAUAUUUAUACAUAUAUAUUUAUGAAAUAAUUCUUAUUCAUAAAAUAUAUUUCUGAAUAGCCUAAAAAUUAAGAUAUUUUAAAUCUGAUGCUUAAACUUUCUUUAAUUUGGCCAUUAAUCUUUUUAUUUAUAAAUUUAAAUUUGUUUUAUAAAUCGUAUAUAAUUUUUAAAAUCGCAUACGUGCUUCAGUAUGUCCUUAUUAAGAAUUCUUAAUAACGAAAACUAAUUUUAACAGUUGCUGAUGUAGAUUUUGUUUCUCUGAGUGUGCUUUUAAAAACCAUUUUUGAGUGUCUAAACAUCUGAUUUAAAGUUUCUGUUUAUCUUUCUGACCAAAGGAACAAGAGGUAUAAUGGAUAUAGCAUUCAUUAAAAUUGUCAGUAUGUAGAAAAACAGUAAUAUUUAUAGCAUCAGUAAAUAUUUUUAAGUGGUACUCCUAAGUCAUAAAAGUUGCUGGAAAGACACCUUUAAAAUCUUGUGGUCCUGAACAAUGUUAUAUGAAGUAGAAAAAAAUAAAAUGCAUCCCAGCUCUGUGUUUUGUUUUA